AUGGAUCCAAAGUUUGUCCUCACUGCAUCCCCUGUUUUGAUUUGUACUGCCAUUUUGCUUGGGACCCUUUUGAGUUUCGGGGAGCCAAAUAUACCUGAAAUUGAAAAGGAAAAAGAAGAAAAUGAAGAAGGUGAAGAAGAAGAAGUUAACCAUGAGAUUUCGUCUUUAAAGAAGGAAGGAGUUGUAGAGGAUGUCACUUUUGUUGUUCAGAAAGAUGAGAGCUUUAGUUUAGAGAGAUUUGUAGGGAACAGAGACAUUGAAGAAGAGAGCUUGCUGGAUAACAAAAAUAGGAAGAUUGAGGUUCAUGGUGAUUUAGGAGAUUAUGUGCCGCUGAUUGAUGAAACUUCCCAGGAAGUUCAAUUGGAGAAGCAAGUUAUUGAGGAAGUGGAGAGUGAUUUUGAUCGUUUAGAGUUAGGAAAGAAGAGGGAAAUUCAAGAGGAGAAUCUUGGGAUCCAAGAAUUGUUAAGUCAUGAGGAUGGUAUCGAGGAACAAUAUUCUUUGCUUCAAAAUUCAAGAGAUGAGAAUUUUGAAGAUGAUAAUUCUGCGGGAGAGUUUAUUGAAACUCAAAAUGGUUACUUGGAAUUUUCUCAGGAAUCAUCUUGGAAACAUGCAAAUCAUGAUGAUGAAGAGGAGGAGGAUGAGGCUUCUGAUUCUGGAUCUGAUGGGGAAAGUUCCUCUCCAGAUGCUUCAAUGGCAGACAUUCUUCCAAUGCUUGAUGAGCUCCACCCACUUUUAGAUGAGGAAACUCCCCAACCAGCUAACAUUUCUCAUGAUGAAUCUGAUGCUGGUUCAGAGGGGUCUCAUAAGAGCGAUGAGAGCAGUAUUGAUUCAGAGGAGGAUGUGGAAAACCAGGCAGAUGAAGAUGAAGAUGCUGAUGAUGAUAAUGAUAAUGAAGAAGAAGCGCAGGGCAGUAAAGAGGAUGAAAGUAAAUCUGCAAUUAAAUGGACGGAGGAUGACCAAAAAAAUCUCAUGGAUUUGGGGACUUUAGAACUCGAAAGAAACCAGCGUUUGGAGAGUCUUAUUGCAAGGAGAAGGGCUCGUAGAAACAUGAGAUUGAUGGCUGAGAAGAAUCUUAUAGACUUGGAUGCUACUGAUAUUCCCAUUAAUAUUCCAUCCAUUUCAACAGCUAGGCACAACCCGUUUGAUUUUCCUUAUGAUGAUGUUCCCGGGUCUGCUCCAUCUGUAUUGUUGCCAAGACGAAAUCCUUUUGACCUUCCCUAUGACUCAAAUGAGGAAAAGCCUGAUCUUAAGGGAGAUAGUUUUCAACAGGAAUUCUUGGCAACUCAGCAUAGGGAACCAUUUUUUCGAAGGCAUGAAAGUUUCAGUGUUGGGCCAUCAACUUUGGGGGGUGCCAGGCAAGAUCUUCGAUGGAAGCCUUAUUUUGUACCCGAACGAUUUGCUACUGAUGGAACAAGCUAUCACACUUUCCAGCGCCAAUUAAGUGAAGCUAGUGAGUCAAAGGUGAGCUCAGUUCCAGAUACCGAGUCAGUUAGUUCAGCUCUGGAGGAGGAGGACAAGAGGAUCAAUGAAGAAGAUGUUUCUCAUGAAACAGAAGUGAUUUCCACCGUCGACGAUGCUUCUCUUCUUGUUGAACGGGGAAGCUUAUCAUCUGAAGAGGUUGAUUCUGUGGAUGAUGAACAUGUUGAGGAGAGUGAUUUUCACCAUGAUGGGGUUGAAAUUACAUUAGGGAACGUUGAAAACCACCAUGAAAUAGAUUCUGGCUUGUCUGAAUCAGGAGGGGCAACUCCUGAGGAGUUUAACACAAGUGAAAUUCUUCUGCGUAUGGGAACUGGUGAAGAAGAUUACAGCAGUAGAUCAAGCCUAUCCUCAUUGUCAGAGAUAGAUGAAAAAAUAUCUGAUGUGAAUAGAGGAUCAACAAGUCUGGAGCCAACAAAAAGUCAGAUUGAGGGCUCUCAUAUUGCAACCCAAACUUCACUUGGUUCUGAUUUUCAUUUUGUGAGUGGGUUGGCAGAUGAUAAUGAACACAGGGAGCCUAUUUUGGAGCCAAGAAAUGAUCAUAUUGAUGAAUGUGACAUCUCAACACAGUCUUCUCUUGAUUCAGAUUUUCAUUUUACAAGUCAGAUGAUGGAUGAAAGUCAACAUAGGGAGCCUGGUUUAGAUCCAACAGUUGAUCAAAUUGGGGAUUCUGGAAAUUUGGAGGAAAGCUCACCGGAGUCUGAUCUACAUGUUAUUGGUGGGCUGGCAGAUGACAAUCAAGAACCUAUUUUGGAGCCAAGAGACUUUCGCAUUGAGCAAUCUGGCAUUUCAUCACAAACUUCUCCUAAUUCAGAUUUCCAUUUGACAAGUGCAGAGGUGGAUGACGGUCAACAUAGUGAUCCAGUUUAUGAUUCAAGCCCUCCAUCAAACAAGACAUUUCCCUCCUUUUCCUCUGUUUCUUCUGACGCACAGAGAUCAGAAAUGGGUUCACCUCUGGCAAUGGCUGAAUUUGUAGAUAAAGAAUCUGAAGUGCAUGCUGAGAACUUGGAGAAGGAUAUUUCUGGUUACAAAGAGAUGCUUGAAGACUCUUCACAAGUGCACUCACCAGAUGAAAGUGAAUUCAGAUCAACGGCAGUCAAAGAAAAUACUGGGAAUGAGGUUACAGAGCUUGGGCUCUCAGGAAUGGAGUCAAAUUUCGAUGGUCGAAUUGGGUUUAUGAAGCCUGAAUCAGCUGUUGGGAAUGUCUCAGUUGAUUCUUCUCUAUCACUGUCAGAAAAUGGAUCAGCAAAGGAGGUUGUAGCCAGUAAGGAAGAAAGCUCUUAUCACAAAGAGGAUCAACUGCACUCAUCGAGUCAUGAUGCAGAAAUCAAUGUUGACAGGAAUAAGCAGUUGGAUUCUGUCUCUUCUAGUUAUCUGAUUGUUUCAGGAGAGAGCAAUUUGCCUGUACUGGAAAAAGAUUAUCCUCUGCUGGUAGAUGAGCAGGUUUCAGUAGACACUAAAUUAUCUGCUUCAGACGCUAAACCUGUCAAGGACCAUGCAAUUAGUAUUGAAAAAACUCUUAGGCUUGAUCUGGUGGAUUCUAAUCCUCAGCAUGUUCAUUCGAAUGAUUUACGUUUGUCUGCUCACGAAGAAAGAGAGCCAGCAGUGGUGGCUGAGCAAGUUUUGGGGAAUCAUCUGAAAGCAUCUUCUUCAGAGACGAAGCAUGUGGGAGAGCAUUCAUUAGAGGAGGGAGAAACCAUCCAAUUUGAACAGGAUCAAGUGCAUUUAUCAGGUUCUGAUUCAGCAAUUGGUGCUGGUUUCCACCAAGAUGUGGAUGUGACAGUUGUUUCUUCAGAUCCUGGUCACCAAAAUCCACUGUCUGAGGAAAAAACUCAUCCUGAAUCAGAGAAACAGCAGUAUUUGUCAGAUAAAUCCAUGCUCGAACCAUCUUUUAGCAAUCAUGAUGAACCCCAGGAACUAUCUGUUUCCAUUUCCAACAAUGAAAACAUUCCAGAAGUCUAUGAUCCUGAAGAGAAAAUGUCUAAUAGUAUCGCUUCCAUGAUGCCGGAUUUCAUCUCAGACUCUCCUGGUAGUCUAGAAUACAGAUCUCCUGCUGGUGGAAUGGAUUUGAAGGUUGAUGUCCUUGAUAAAAUUGUAUAUGAGGAUUGUCAUCAGGUCUUACUGUCAGAACACUCUAAUUACCCUGGAGAAGCAUAUGGGCCCCCUGUUGCCAAAGAAAAUGUCAAUGUAGAGGAAGACGAGAUCAAGGAGAUUGAUGAAGGAUUAUUGUCAGAAUUGGAUACAGUUGGGGACUUCAGUGUAAAAGAAGUUGUUGGCGAGUCACUCCAUGAUGAACAAGUACCAGAAAAUACUAGUGUUAGUCCUGAUAUUGAUUUCUUGCCAAAAGAUUUGAGCCUGAUGGAGAUCAAGCCAGAGCUCCCAGUUCUUGAAGUUAGAUCGGUUGAAGAUAUCAACUUGGCUUUCAAGCAACUUCAUGGAGUAAAUGUUGAGGAGGUCAUCCUUCCAAAUAUGGGUGAGGAGCAAUUAGCUGAGGAUGAAUCUAACCAUCAAACUAACUCAGAUUUGCACGUUGUUGAAGCAAGAUCUUUAGAAGAUUUUCAUAUUGCUACGAAGCAAAUCUCAGAAGAGAAUAUUGAGGAACUGGUGGAUUCAAGGGAUGCAACAGCAGAAGCAAAUGAAAUGGGAUCCACCAAGGAGAUCCUGGUCCUUGAAGCUAAAACGAUUGAAGACAUUGACUUGGCUUUCAGGCAACUUCAUCAAGGAGUACAAGUUGAGGAGGUCAUCCUUCCCAGUGCAAUUGAGCAGCAACUAGUGGUGGAUGAUACCAAAGAUCUUGGCCAAACCAGUUCAGGCUUGCCAGUUGUUGAAGCGAGAUCUCUGGAGGAUAUUCAUAUCGCCAUGAAGCAGGUUUCAGAUGGAAAUAUCGAGGAGCUGCCAAAGUUGUUGGAUCCGAAUGAUAAACCAGGACAUGAAGCAGUUUCUACAAAGGAGAUUGAUUCUAGGAAUUCAGAGAUAAAUGAAGAGGGUUCCACCGAGGAUGAAUCAAGUACCGUAGAAGUAAAUGAAGCAUCUUCCACCAAGGCUGUUGAAUCAAGCACUGUACAAUUAACUGAAGUGGCCUCCAUAAGGGAGAGUGAACUGAGUACGGCUGAGUUUGGUGUUGGAGAAACCAGCACAGUUGCUCCUCAUGAACCAAAGCAUGGGUUUGAUGAAACAUCUGGAAAUUCAAGUUUGAGCGUAUCGGAUACCAAAGGCAAGAAGGCAAAAUCUCAUAGUUCAAGUUCUAGUUCCAGCUCUAGCUCGAGCUCCAGUGAUUCAGAUUGA